AUGGAGAUAACGGAGGUCCUACGGAGACCUAACUGUGGAGAUGGAGAUGAUGUCACUGCUGUAGUGGUGUCCACAUAUACAGGGGAUGUCCCACCUAACAGUCCAGUGUCACCUGAGAACAUACCUGAGAACCUACCUGAGAACCUAAACGAGAACCUACCAGAGAAUCUACCUGAGAAUCUAAAUGAGAACGCACCAGAGAACACACCAGAGAACGCUCCUGAGAUCCUACCUGAGAUCCAACCUGAGAUCCUACCUGAGAACCUACCUGAAAACCUACCUGAGAACCUAACUGAGAACGCACCUGCGAACCUCCCUGAGAUUCUACCUGAGAACGGACCUGAGAACGCACCUGAGAUCCCACCUGAGAUCCAACCUGAGGACCUACCUGAAAACCUACCUGAGAUUCUAUCUGGGAACCUGCAUGAGAUCCUACCUGAGAAUCUACCUGAGAACCGAACAGAUGCUGUCUGUUCUGCAAGUCACCUUACUGUCCCUGUUGAAGACUGUCAGAGUGUGAGUAGUUUCAGCACUACUCUCCACAAAGACUCAGACAGCGACACUGAGAGCAUCUUCAGCACAGGAGAGGACAGUGUUUUCCACAAGGGGGAUGAUACGGUGAUGGGGGACAGCACCAGUGAGGUGUCUGUAUCCUGUUCCUCCACAGAUGACACGGCCAGCGGGGGUCCGACCAGCUCCAGCCCAGAGAGUUGUGUGGAGGGGGGCCUGGGGGAGAGGGGCUGCAGGGACCACGGCCGCAGCUGGAGCCCUGUAGAGGGCCACACACAAGGGCCCACGGCAAGAGAAGGUCCAGGAGGAGAGGCAGAGGAAGAGGUGAAGGACAGACUGACGGAGGUGCCACGGCGCCCAGCUAAACAUCGUCCCAGCAUCAGGUCUCUGUCUCCGUUCAGACGCCACAGCUGGGGAGCAGGGAAGAACACAGCAGGAAACGGAGACAUGAACCAAUGCAGGGCCACACAAAGUCCCGGGGAAGGAAAGCCAACGUUUCACAGGAGAAGCUACAGCCUGGAGGGUCUGAGUGAAGUAAGUGAUGAUGGGAAGUCGGCCCUGGGCGCCAUUACCCAGGAGGCCAGGCUGCGGGGAGUGGUCUGUCACCAGGGCAGCAACGAGGAGAGGGUCAGGUCUCUAGAAUCUCUGACAGAAGAACACCAAUCUGAGCUGGGGGUUCGCACCACGGAGCGCGGACAGAAGUCCAGGAGGUAUCGUCCAUUGAGACACAGUUGUCCUCCCAUGACACUCCCCCUGACCAAGUCAGUGUCCACGCUCAGAAUCAACCAGAGAGACAUGGAUAGUCAGUACAGUAUACCUCUUAGUCUAACCCUGACCUUGCCCCUGACCCUAACCAAGUCAGUGUCCUUCAUCCCCAUCUGAUAGUUUGG